ACUGAAGAAUUUGCCAUUUACCUUUACAAAACUGCAGCAGCUCACUGCUAUGUGGCUAUCAGACAAUCAGUCUAAACCACUUAUACCUCUUCAAAGAGAAGCUGACCCUGACACACAGAAGACGGUGCUUACUAAUUACAUGUUUCCUCAGCAACCAAGGACCGAGGAUGUUAUAUUCAUAUCUGAUAAUGAAAGUUUCAAUCCAUCUUUGUGGGAGGAACAGAGGAAAAAGCGUGCUCAGGUGGCGUUUGAGUGUGAUGAAGACAAAGAUGAGAGAGAGGCGCCACCUCAGGAAGCCAACCUGAAAAGAUAUCCAACUCCAUAUCCUGAUGAACUGAAGAAUAUGGUUAAAACAGUCCAGACAAUUGUACAUAGGCUAAAGGAUGAAGAAUCUACUGAAGAUAUUGCCAAGGAGUCAAAACAAGAAGUCCAGACAGUUUCUGUAGAAGAUGUUGGGACUUCAGAAAUUACUUCAAUAAAGAACAAGGCAGAUGAGAGAAAGCAAUAUUCUCAGAGCUCUGUGCAGAAGCCUACUGAACCAGAAGCUGAGCACAGCACUGCAAAUUCACAGAUGACUGCACUUGUUAAAACCUUGCAGAACACAAAAACAGUUGUCAUCCAUGAAGAUAUGUUUGAGGAGUCAGAAGAACUCUCCCCUGAUGAAGAGAUGAAAAUGGCAGAAAUGCAACCACCGCUGAUAGAAAUCUCCAUAAAUCUACCAGAAGUGGUAGCUCUUAGCAAUAACAAAAAAGAUUAUUCAGAAGAUGCCAAUUCCUUAUCAGAUGAAGCUACCUACAAUAGGAAUCAAAAUAACUGCAACUGUUACUCUCCUUCUCUAAUGUCUGAUUCUGUUUCCUUAAAUACUGAUAGUAACCAAGAUAUUUUUCUCUGUUCUCCAGACAAAGAAAUACAUGCUGCUGUUUUAUCCAAGAUCAGGCAAGAAGAUGAAAAUUUGAAUAAUGAAAAUGGAGGUGACUUGAGCAUUACAAUAGAAGAAAAAAUAAAUGUGCAAGAGAAGGUUACAAAUUUGUCUGAAUACAAAUUAAGCAUUGAAGAAAGAUUAGGAAAAGGUGUCGAUCUAAGCACUCCUAUGGAGGAGUCUCACAAAUCAGACCAAAUAAACAUGAAUAUCAAUAAAUUAGUUAGUGAAGAGGCAGUACCAGUUCCUGCCGAACGGUUACAAACACAGAAAAUGGUUUCACUAAAGGGCUUUUUGAAUAACAAUAUGAAAGAAAGCAAGUACUUGGAAAAUGGAAAUAAUCAUCCUAUAAAUAAAGUAAAUGGAUGUCUUGAGGAAGCAGGACAGUCUCCCAGUAUAGAUGAACUAAUGAGAAGCACUACAGUAGAUGGUGAUUCUUCUGCUGAGCUGUCUGUUUCAAGGAGCACUGAAGAUUUGUCCCCAUGGAGAAGUAGUCCUGUGACAAAAUCUCACAGCAUCACCAGUAUGGACGCUGAUCUGAAAAUCUAUGAUUUUGUCAAUGAGAAUGCAUCUCAACAGCCAAACUCAAUGGUAAAAUCAGCAUCUGGUAAUGCAGAUGUAAAAAACAUAGUCCGAAGUAAAUCCGCUACUCUUUUGUAUGAUCAGCCUUUGCAGGUUUUUUCUGGGCCGUCGUUGUCAUCUGAUUUAGUAUCUUCUACAAAAACUGUGUUCAAGUUUUACUCAAAUCACAAUUCUGAAGGUGCUGAUGUAGUGAGAGGAUCAGUGACAAGUGGUGCACAGUUGUUCUGCACUCCCCAGUAUAAUAUUCAGUACAGCAGCAUUGCAACAAUGAAUGACACCUUGUGGCCUCAGAAACAAAACACCCAAGUAGAACAAGCCAGCUUACCUCCUUCACGUCUGCUUAGAUCUGAUAGCACAGAAAUUCCCAGCUAUAUAAAGCAUUCUGCCAAUAUGAAUUUCUCCAAUCAUAACAAUGUCCAAGCCAGUGCAGCUCAGCAACAGAUGGCUGGGAGACGCAUAGAUCUGUGGGCUAUUCCAACGAAUGAUAGAUUGCUCCUGGGAGCAACCAGACACACUCUUCAAAGGCAGAGUAGUGUAUCCUCUACAGCUUCUAAAAAUGUUGGGGAUACUGAACUUUCAAGGCAGACCCGGGUUCCUGAAGGGGACUGUUUAACAUACAGAGACUUGCAUUCAGUGAGAAUAGCUCCAUCAGUAAUGUCUGGGCAAGAGAGACCUCUUUCUGCCAGGACAUAUAGCAUUGAUGGUCCAAAUGUGCCCCGACCACAGAGUGCUCAGCCAUCGGUGAAUGAAAUACCAGAAAGAACUAUGUCAGUUAGUGACUUGAAUUACUCAUGGAAUAGCCCUUCAAAGAGAUCAAACCCAGACCACACUUUACUAGACCCUUCAGGAAAAAGUCAAGUCCCUCAUGACUGGAGGGAACAGCUGCUGCGACAUAUUGAGGCUAAAAAGCUAGAGAAGGUAAAAAUUUUUAAACUUUUGUACCUUUCUGUUAUCUGGAUAUGGAAUAAGUUAAAUAUUCUGUCUUUUGAAGUGCUUUUAAUUACCAGUGAAAAUGUACUUCUAAUACUUCCUUAA